UUUUUUUCUUCUUCCUUUUCGUUAUAAACUCAACAUGGUUAAAUUGUCUCUCUUCAUUGCCAUAACAACUGCAGUUGCAUCUCUUUCUUCUGCUUAUCCUUCGAAACACACUUCCACAUCUAGUGGUAUACUUGCUGUAUCUUCCCCUUCCUUUCUUCCCAACUUCCCUUACCGUGGUUGUAAUGCUUUAAGUCCUGUUCCUACAGGACCCAUUAAAUCGAAAGCUAAUUUUAGAGCAAGUAGCUACCCUCAGCCUUGGGUUGCUCCAGAUGUGAACCAUCCAGAGGUACAAAAGGCCAUUAAAGCAAUUGACUGGUCUUACGUGCCUACAUUUGAGCCUCGUGUUAUGGGUAUGGAAUAUGACGAAGAAACAGAUCCUGCCUGUUGGUGGACCAAUACCCAGUGUACAACUCCUAGAGUGGAUUAUUUACCUGAGGAUGUCAAGUUUUGUCCUAACCCACGCGACUUUGGUUUGACUUAUGAUGAUGGCCCACUACCCCCAAGAGGUCCUAACGAUCCCUGGGGUGAGCCUCGGCUUUAUGAUUUUCUUGCCAAGCAAGGUCAAACAGCUACCUUAUUUUAUGUUGGGUCAAAUGUGGUGAACUUUCCUCAAGCAGCGAUCAGAGCUAUUGAAUCCGGACAUACUUUGUGUGCUCAUACAUGGUCUCAUCCUCAAAUGACUACCAUAUCAAAUGCAGCUGUUGUAGCGCAAUUAUACUGGAGCAUGCGUGCUAUAAAAGAAGCUGCAGGUGUUACCACACGAUGCUGGCGCCCUCCUUAUGGUGAUAUCGAUGAUCGUGUUCGUGCCAUUGCUCAUCAAAUGGGCUUAUCAACCAUUCUUUGGAACAGUGAUUCGUUUGAUUGGGGACUACCCUCUAUAGCGAAUGAUUUUGCUGGUGCAUAUCGUGAAGCUGAUAUCGACGCCUUCUUCCAAAGCUGGAUUGAUUCGGGUGACUCCGGUACAGAGGGGCGUAUUGUACUAGAACAUGAAACCAGUAACGUCACUGUCCUUACAAGCGAAAAAUGGCUUCCUAGAUUAAAGAAAGCCUUUAAUGUUAAAAAAGUUCAUGAUUGUGCCCCUCAACUUCCCAGUCCAUAUUGGGAAACUUAACUUAUAUUUUCCUUAUAAAAAAAGCCAAUUCAUGUAAUAUACAGUUUUCAAAGAAAUGAGAAAAUCAUUCUAAUAAAUUAAG